GAACUUGUGCAGCCAUGCUUACGCGGUCGGCGAGAUGGCUGAUGGGAAAAGCUGCAUACAAGGGAGACGAAAUUUCUCACUGAUUCUGUUCUCGCAGUUCCACCAUGGUGUUUGCUUUUCGUCGUCAACCUCUGAAAGCGAUCUAUCUGACAGGCAGAGUCGUUGCUCUGCUCUUCGUACAAGUGCCUUUCUGGACCGUGCUGUAUGCAAUUCCUGCUGCCAGGCCUCGUCCAUCCUGGUCUCUUUCGAGAUGCCUCAUUGUUUCGGUGUACCGCGUUUUCGUCAAUGUCAUGUACAGCACGACGCCGAUGGCGCACGACUCACCGGAGAAAUUCUCCACUGAGGCUGAAAAAGUCGGCUUUGUUUGGGUAGACCCAACACCAGAGCUGUUGAGCGGUGAAGUGGAGACCUUAGCUGAAAAGAAUAAUGUUGUAGCUGAAAGGACGUCGGGUUUCUGGUACGGACCAAGAGGCCCCGAUGGCAAGUUUGGCCAGCCGGCACUCGCGAACGAAAAGGUCAUCUAUCAUUUCCAUGGGGGCGGGUUUGUUAUGGGUACCGCACAUCCAUCGAAUGGAGCUAUGACUACCAUGGCAAACGGCCUUUUAGAGCAUUUCCCCGCCAAUACCCGACUUUUUGCUCUCGAAUAUCGCCUCUCUUCCCACGAGCCAUUUGCGGUUGCGAAUCCAUUCCCCGCCGCUCUCCUUGACGCUUUGGCUGGAUACAAAUACCUCGUUGAAUCUCUGCAUUAUGAUCCCAAGAAUAUCAUUAUCGGGGGAGAUUCAGCCGGUGGGGCUCUCGCCUUCUGGUUAGCUCGAUACCUAGCCAUCAGUAAUCUUCCCAAUCUGCCUAACGCUGGUGGCCUCCUUCUCCUCUCCCCCACCGUCGACUGGGCAAAUACACGCAUGGACCGUGAUUCCUCUAUGCAAAAACAUUCGUCCAGCGAUUUCGUCUAUACCAUUCUUACAUGCGGAUACACUCUGCGUGCGCUCAUGGGGAAUUUACCUUUGUCAGAUGCGCCUUCGAAUGUCUGGAUCGCUCCGGGGUCGACGCAAAAUGAUGCUCCAGGUUUAUUUACCGGUCUGCCAAAGACUGUCAUUGUUGCUGGUGGCGCAGAGCAAACGCUGGAUGCUAUGGUGGUCCUACGAGACAGGUUGGAGAGGGAUAUUGGGAAAGACAACGUGAAGUAUAUCGAGAAACCUGACGCGACUCAUGAUUACCUCACUGCCUCAUGGCAUGAGCCUGAGCGGACGGAGACCCUGGUUGAACUGGGAGAAUGGGUUAGAGGUGACAUUUGGUCCUCCACUGCCUGAAGGCCGAAUGUUCCUUGUUCACCUCCUUCCUGCCACUUCACCUCAUACCAGUUUAGUACUUGCUUGGACAAAAAUCGUUUGCUGAUUCUUUUUGAUGCAUAACACAUUACAUGCUUCACACCCGGAACAGUUUGGAGAUUGUAUUUUCUGUGCAGGAAGGCAACCAAGCCUUCGUGCGUAGUUGAUAGCUGUAAACAUUUUGAUUUUAUUGUACACGAAUUGGGGUAUAUAACUUUGAUGCCGGUGGACCGCCAAUGUCAAAGCACGGCCGAAGCAUUAGAAGUCGAACGACCCGGCCAUCUUCUCUUGCUGAAGAAACGAAUUACUUGAAUGAUAGCAAACGUAUAGCCGUACUAUACCUUUAUGUGUAUUUCACUGCGUAUAUAAAAGAUAGUUUACCUAUAUGUCU